AUGGAGAGCGUUAUCGUAAUCGUCGAUGGGCUAGAGAAUAUAGUAGAACUGUUAGAAAAAUUAGCAGAGGACACUACCACUACAAGUGGCACCAGAAGUGAAGCUACAAUUCUGUUUCAUAACUUCAUUUCUGUAGUAGCUGAAGAACCUGAACCUAAUGAUCCUGAAUCCAAUAUAUUAAUAGUUAAAGAACUUAAACCCAAGCCUAAACCUAACGAAAACCUAUCAAUUAAAAAUAUUGUACAAUGCCCAGAAACUUCUCACAGAAAAACUCUUAAAAAUACAGAAAAGUUGCCAUAUAUUCUCACUUCAACAGUUCCUCCAAAAGUGCUGGUUCAAAAGCCACUUGUCGGAGCUCCACUGCAAUCAAAUGUUAAACUAAAGUGCGAUGUGGAAGCGUUCCCGAUUUCCAAUAACUAUUGGACAAAAGGGGAGGAGAUGAUUUUCAAAAGUGAUAAAUACACAAUUUUGGAAAAAAGAACAGGCUUCAAGACUGUAAUGCUUCUAACUAUCCACAAUGUGACAAAAGAUGACAUUGGAACUUUUACAUGUACUGCUCAAAACCCUAUGGGACGUUCAGAGGACUCAGCUCGAGUUUAUGAAGUCAAAAUACCUACGACUACGACCACAACAACUACUACAACCACAACCACCACCACAACGACCACCACAACAACAACAGAAACUAAUUUAAUUUUAGGUGGUAAAGUGAUCGAUGAAGAUCCGUCGGAAAACUGGCUAUUUCCCAGCGUCGCCCCGGCACCUCUCGAAUUGGAAACCCAUUCCGAUUCUACGGCAAACAAAGGGCUGUCCCUCGCUUUCCAUUUGAGUUUAAGUUCGAUCGUGACGUUGAUUGGUUUUCUCAGGUGA